AAAUGAUUAAUCCAUGAAAGUACAGUUCUGUGUAUAAAUACUUGGAUAGCUACAUCAAUGUAGCUCACUCCCCUUCACUGAGUCAAGCUUAAACCCCCACUUCUCUCUCUCUCACUCUUCACGAGCAGGGUAGAGACAUCUGUCUUUCAUAAUGUCAGAUCUUGAGGCCCCACUUCGUCCCAAAAGGAAGAAGAUAUGGGUCGAUUACUUUGUCAACUUCCGUUGGAUUAUUGUUAUCUUUGUCGUCCUUCCCAUCUCCUUCACAUUGUACUUCCUCACCUACCUCGGGGAUGUCAGAUCAGAGUGGAAGUCCUUCGAGAAGCGUCAGAAGGAGCAUGAUGAGAAUGUUAAGAAAGUUGUGAAACGCCUCAAGCAAAGAAAUCCAUCAAAGGAUGGUCUUGUGUGCACAGCCCGCAAACCUUACAUUGCUGUUGGAAUGCGGAAUGUUGACUACAAGCGUGCUCGACAUUUUGAGGUUGAUCUUUCCGCUUUCCGGAACAUUCUUGAAAUUGACCAAGAAAGAAUGAUCGCGAAAUGCGAACCUCUUGUCAACAUGGGACAGAUCACCAGGGUCACUGUUCCAAUGAACCUUGCCCUUGCUGUGGUUGCUGAGCUCGAUGAUCUGACUGUUGGCGGUCUCAUUAAUGGAUAUGGAAUUGAGGGGAGCUCCCAUAAAUAUGGCCUGUUUGCUGACACUGUUGUUGCCUAUGAGAUUGUUCUAGCAGAUGGGCGGGUUGUGAGAGCCACAAAGGACAACGAAUAUUCCGACCUUUUCUACGCUAUUCCAUGGUCUCAGGGGACUUUGGGUCUGCUUGUCUCAGCUGAGAUCAAGCUGAUACCCAUAAAGGAAUACAUGAAGCUGACAUAUACACCCGUGAAAGGUAACUUAAAAGAACUGGCACAGGGUUACAUUGAUUCUUUCGCACCCAGGGAUGGGGAUCAAGAUAAUGAUGAGAAGGUGCCAGACUUUGUAGAGACUAUGAUUUACAAUCCUCGUGAAGCUGUUUGCAUGACAGGAAGGUAUGCUUCAAAGGAAGAGGCUAAAAAGAAGGGCAAUAAGAUUAACGAAGUUGGAUGGUGGUUUAAACCAUGGUUCUACCAGCAUGCGGAGACAGCAUUGACGAAAGGUGAGUUUGUAGAGUACAUUCCAACCAGAGAAUACUACCACAGGCACACAAGGUGUUUGUAUUGGGAGGGGAAGCUCAUCCUUCCAUUUGGUGAUCAGUGGUGGUUUAGGUAUUCUCUUGGUUGGUUGAUGCCACCUAAGGUCUCUUUGCUGAAGGCUACUCAAGGUGAAGCCAUCAGAAACUACUACCAUGAAAUGCAUGUCAUUCAGGAUAUGCUCGUUCCGCUUUACAAGGUUGGCGAUGCUCUGGAGUUUGUUGACCGUGAAAUGGAGCUUUACCCACUUUGGCUCUGCCCACACAAACUGUACAAGCUACCUUGCAAGACGAUGAUAUAUCCUGAACCAGGAUUUGAGCUACAUCAAAGACAGGGGGACACAAGUUAUGCUCAGAUGUACACAGAUGUUGGAGUCUACUAUGCUCCUGGACCUGUCUUAAGGGGCGAGGAGUUUGAUGGUGCUGAGGCUGUCCGUCGCUUGGAGAGCUGGUUGAUUGAAAACCAUGGUUUCCAGCCACAGUAUGCUGUGUCGGAGCUCAAUGAGAAGAGUUUCUGGAAGAUGUUUGAUGCAGGGCUAUAUGAGCAGUGCAGGAGGAAGUAUGGAGCUGUCGGAACAUUUAUGAGUGUGUACUACAAGUGUAAGAAAGGUAGGAAGACUGAGAAGGAGGUGCAGGAAGCCGAGCAAGCCCAUCUUGAGACGGCUUAUGCAGAAGUAGACAUGCCAGUAGAUUAAACCAUGUGUAGGUUUUCUUGCCAGAUCAUUUGAGAUCCUUGGCCGUCUUUUGUCAUUCCCUGUUCGUCUAAUGUUCGUAGUUGCACAUUUUUGGCUAUGGUUUCUUAACUAGUCAGACUAAAACUAUUUGGAAUUAUUUAUCAAUUUCCCUUGGUUUA